AUGGUACGGUACGUCACCUUAACAUUCAAGUUGUUGUUUUUCCCCCAGACCCUCCAGAAGCACAGGCAUCACCCACCCAUUCUCCAGGACAAUUCUCAGACACUAGCAGCUCCCUUUAAGGAGCUAAGUCACCACCGUACUCCCAGUGAAUCUAUUGGAAAUAACUACAGUCCCCGGGCUCAGGGGCUAAAGAUUAACAAACUCCAGCACAUCCCUAUUAGUAAAUCCUUGGCAAAACCAGUAGGGCCUUCAUGUUCCUCUAAUAUCAAGCCCAGGUGCCGACCCAUGAGUCCUCAGGAGCAGUUGGACAUCUUACACAGGGAAGAGGAGACGAUGAGGGCCAUGCAGACAGAACCCACGGAGAGAGACCUCGAAAGGUACACAUACUAUAUCGCUAAUGGUGUCCCCAGCUCUUUGCUGGCAACCCAGCCACUUCAGCAGAUGAUGAACAUCAUGCGCCAGCUGCCUCCUGAAACUGAGGAUAGUAAUAUACAAGUCAAGAUUAUGAGGGAAAACAUGAAAGAAGAGGUCACAAGAGACUAUUGCUUCACUCUCAGGAAGAGCAUAGUGGACUACAUUCUAAUGGACCCAUCCGAGUGCCAGAGGCUGUCCAUAUGCAGCAUCCCCAAGCCUUUUCCCAGGAGGGUGAUCCGCGGGCCAGUGCCUUGGCACACUAGUUACAGGAAGGUCUACACGUGGCAAAACCAACAUCUGUUUACUGUCAGUCAAAUAAUGAUCCUAUUACAGGAUAUCUGGCUGAGCAGUUGGCUGCCUCACUGUGCUUCAAUCAUUGACACUUCCCAGGCCCUGUGGUUGCCCCUCACACACGAGGGGGAGCAGGAGGCUCUGGUUAUUGUCAAGGAGUUCUUCAGCUGUGUGGCUGCUCUCAUGUCAAUGCAGCUCCGAAGCUUGGUUGUAGAAUCACUACAGGACCUGUUGUAUAUCUUCACUAAACAUGAGGACGGCAAUGACUUUGGCGAGGUGUUUGAUGAGAUGAAGUACAUUCAGUCUGAGGUGCUGCAGGUUGAGCUGCAGGUGAAGGAGCCUCACAUUGACUUCAGUCCAAGCCUUCAGGAAUGUUGGGAGUUCAUCCACAGAGGAUUCAUGCAAAUCAUCAAAAGUGCCGAGAAGAUCCCAAGGGUACAGUAUUUGAGCGUGUAUCAGAAAUACAGCAAUCUACUGGACCAUACAGCAAUACAGGAAAUCUCAUCUUUUCUCAAUGACAGACAGUCGUUAGAAGGAUUUAGAGAUAAAAUUGAGAGCUUUAAUCACUUACGGCAGGAGAUUGCCUCACUGCAUGUCACGGUGCCCUUGUCCAUGUUCUGUCUGCAUGCUGGCAAGCUGAAUGAUGACCUGUGUGGCCGUGCUGAGAGACUGAAAGACAAGAUCAUCAUGUUUGAAAUGAAGGAACACCGAGAGCUUAAUGAGGGGAUAUGUCGGAAGUAUGAGGAAAUUACCGAGACCAUCAGAAGCACUCCAGAAACCACAGAGGAGUUGGUGUCUCUAAACCAGUAUAUCAACAUAACCAGUAAUGUGACCACUCGCAAGCUGAUGGAUGAGAUUGAUGAGGCAAGAUUCCACCUGAGCUUCCUCCUGGACUACGCCACUCUACCCCCUGAUGACUUGAAGCUGAAUGCCUGUGUUUACCAUUGGCCCAAUAACAUCCUGACUGAGCUGGAAGACAGCAGGAUUCAUCUGGCCACCAUGAAAGAACAGGCUCAGGACUUUCUGCAAAACAGGUUUAUGAACACUUUUCACGCUCUGUCUCACACGACUGUUGACACCCACAGCUGA